CAUGAUUCAUCCCAGCCUCGCCUCCGCUUUUGCUCCCCCUUCACUCCCCAUCGCUCCGCGAUCAUCCCCUUAUCAUCUUCCCAUCCCUGGUCCUUCUCCCCGUUUCCCCUCGUUUCCCCUCCCUCCCUUUUCUCCUCAGACUCCUUGGUCCACACCCUACACCCAUGUCCCCCCUUGUUGGCCCCCCAUGAUACGAUAACCCGGCCCGGAGCCUGCGACUGGAGGGGAAGAUGGAGUAGCAGAGCGGCCGUGAUGAGGCAGCGUCUGAGAGAACUAUGGACACUGCAGGCGACUGUCCCAGAGGCGACUCGCAGCAGGAGGAAGAAGCUGUUAGGGGCGGUGAGGAAGAGCUCCUCCAGGACAGGGUGCAGCCAGAAGAGUUUGUGGCCAUUGCAGACUACGCUGCCACUGACGAGACCCAGCUGAGUUUUUUGAGAGGAGAAAAAAUUCUAAUCCUGAGACAGACCACUGCUGACUGGUGGUGGGGCGAGCGUGCAGGCUGCUGCGGGUACAUACCAGCAAACCACGUGGGGAAACAGGUGGAGGAGUAUGACCCUGAGGACACAUGGCAGGAUGAGGAGUACUUUGGCAGCUAUGGGACGCUGAAACUCCACUUGGAAAUGCUGGCAGACCAGCCACGAACAACAAAAUACCAUAGCGUUAUCCUGCAGAAUAAAGAAUCCCUAAAGGGCAAAGUCAUCCUGGACGUCGGCUGUGGAACUGGAAUCAUCAGCCUCUUCUGUGCUCAUUAUGCACAGCCUAAAGCGGUGUAUGCGGUGGAGGCCAGUGAGAUGGCGCAGCACACGGGGCAGCUGGUCCUGCAGAAGGGCUUUGCUGACACCGUUACCGUGUUUCAGCAGAAGGUGGAAGAGGUGGUACUGCCUGAGAAGGUGGAUGUGCUGGUGUCCGAGUGGAUGGGGACCUGUCUCCUGUUUGAGUUCAUGAUCGAGUCUAUCCUGUAUGCACGGGAUGCCUGGCUGAAGGAGGAUGGGGUCAUUUGGCCAACCACGGCCGCUUUGCAUCUUGUGCCCUGUAAUGCCGACAAGGACUACCACAGCAAGGUGCUCUUCUGGGACAACGCAUAUGAGUUCAACCUCAGCGCUCUGAAAUCUCUAGCAAUUAAGGAGUUUUUUUCAAAGCCUAAGUAUAACCACAUAUUGAAACCAGAAGACUGUCUCUCUGAACCAUGCACAAUAUUACAGCUGGACAUGAGGACUGUGCAAAUCUCUGAUCUUGAGACCAUGCGAGGCGACCUGUGCUUUGACAUCCGGAAGGCGGGCACCUUGCAUGGCUUCACUGCCUGGUUCAGUGUGCACUUCCAGAGCCUGGAGGAUGGGCAGCCACCACAGGUGCUCAGCACUGGCCCCUUCCACCCAACUACCCACUGGAAGCAGACGUUGUUCAUGAUGGAUGAUCCAGUCCCUGUCCACACAGGAGAUGUAGUCACGGGUUCAGUUGUGUUGCAAAGAAACCCAGUAUGGAGAAGGCACAUGUCGGUUUCUCUAAGCUGGGCCGUCACUUCCAGAGAAGAUCCCUCAUCUCAGAGAGUUGGAGAAAAAGUCUUUCCCAUUUGGAGAUGACAGUCAGUAUUCUGGUAGGAAGCAGUGUGAGUGUAUUGAGGGAUGAAAACAGUGAGUCAAGGCGCACCAGGCUGCUGACGCCACUCCAGGACAGUUCACGAACAUUCACUCUGCUUUGGCCCCACCCUAGCCCAGCAGGUGAUGUCUUUAUCCCUCACAGAGCCCUGUUGCCACCCUCGUGCCCAGUGUCUGUCUACUAGAAGUAGCUUGUUUUCAGGUGUUUGCCCAGUGGUGCCUGCAGUGCCAGCUGUGAGUGGGUUAUGGCUCAGUGUUCCCCAGCUAGGCCUAGUUCUAAACUCGUAAGACGCACACACAUCAGCCUGUGUACCCUGUGACGGUGACUUCACGCAUCAUGUGUUAGUGGUGUCCUUUCUGUGUUGCCUCAUCUGCUCGACCUGCGGGGUGCAGAAUUGCACAGAGCUCUGCAGGUG